AAGAUGUUCUCUGUGAUCAUUGUCUUCUUGGUUCUGAAGCCGUCCUUUAUUUUUUGCCAUUUGAGUGACCCCAGGUGCUUUUGGAGAAUAAAAGACAUGGAAAAUGACCUAGGAGAUAAAGAUGCUGAUUGUUUCUUUUCCAUUUAUUCAAAGCCUGGUUAUGUGAAGAAUGAUUAUUUCGGUGGGAAUCUAGACAAGCAGGUGACACCCAAGACUAUCCAGUUGAUUUCCUCUGUAUAUUUUGCCAUUGAAGAAAUUAAUAGGAGCAUUUAUAUUUUACCAAAUAUUUCCCUACUAGUUAAGAUUGAAUGUAACUUAAUGAUGGAUCAUGUGAAAAGAGGUUUGUCCUUGAAAAGAAAGGAAAUUAUUCCUAAUUACUACUGUAAAAAUCAGAGAAGAUAUUUAAUAGUACUUACGGGACCUGUGUGGAAACUGUCUACCAAAAUCGGACGAUUCCUAUACAUCUCUGGAACUCCAGAGCUUUACUGUGGUCAUUUUCAUCUUCUUCUAAGUGACAAUGAACAGUUUCCUCACCUAUCUCAGAUAUCACCCAAGGACACAUCUCUACCAUUAGCCAUGGUAUCCCUAGUGGUUUACUUCCAAUGGAACUGGGUAGGAGUGAUAGUUACAGAUGAUGACCAUUCAAUUCAAUUCCUUUCUGACUUGAGAGGAGAAAUGCAAAGAAACGUUGUCUGUUUAGCAUUUGUAACUAUUAUCACAAAGGACAGGAUAUUAUAUUUUAAAAUGAUUCAAAAGUACUAUCAACAAAUCAUAAUGUCAUCAGCACAAGUUGUAAUCAUCUAUGGAGAUAAAGAAUCUUACAUACAAUAUACCUUCAUACUAUGGAAAUCUAAAGACAUUCAGAGACUCUGGGUCAGUGUGUCACAAUUUGAUUUGAUCACAAUUAAAGGAGAUUUCAUGCUUAACUCCUUGCCUGGGACUCUAAUUUUUUCACAUCAGCAUUCUGAGUUGUCUGGUUUUAAACAAUUUAUACAGACAGUACAUCCUAAAAACUACAGUAAUGACAUUUCUUUUGCUAAACUAUGGUGGACAUACUUUAAAUGUUCUUUGCCACCAUCUACUUGUACAAAACUGAGGAUUUGUCCAACCAAAACAGUAUUUAAGUGGUUACUCAGGUCACCAAUUGGAAUGUCCAUGAGUGAUACAUGUUAUAACUUAUACAAUGCUGUGUAUGCUGUGGCCCAUUCACUCCAUGAGAUACUUCUGCAGCGUGUAGAAACACAAUCACUGAAUCCUGGAAAGGAACUGGAAUUGGACUCCUGGAAGAUGUUCUCUUUUCUGAAGAACAUACAAUUUGUAAAUCCUGCUGGAGACCUGGUAAACAUGAACCAAAAUAUAAUAUUGAAUACAGAAUAUGAUAUUUUCUAUAUCAUGGAUUUUCUAAAACAGUAUGGACUUAAAAUAAAAAUAGGAAGUUUUUCUGGUCAUUUUACAAAUGGUCAACAACUAUGUAUGUCUGAUGAAAUGAUCAAGUGGGCUACAAAUAUUGAUCAGAAUCUGCCCUCCUUAUGUAGUGCGCCUUGCAGACCAGGACUCAGAAAAUCCCCUCAGGAAGGGAAGGCUAUUUGCUGUUUUGAUUGUAAACCCUGCCCAGAAAAUGAAAUUUCCAACAUGACAAAUAUGGAUCAAUGUGUGAAAUGCCCAGAGGAUGAAUAUAUGAAUACCGGACAAACUAACUGUCUUAAAAAAGUUGUAAGCUUUCUGGAUUAUGAAGAACCCUUGGGAAUGGCUCUGGCUGGCUUGACUGUGUUCUUCUCUUCUCUUACAGCUAUUGUACUCUGUGUCUUCUUGAAACACCGAGACACUCCCAUAGUCAAGGCCAAUAAUGAAACUCUCAGCUAUGUCCUACUCAUCUCCCUCAUAUUUUGUUUUAUCUCUUCCUUGCUCUACAUUGGUCAUCCCAGUAUGGCCAGCUGCAUCCUGCAGCAGACCAUAUUUUCUGUUGUGUUCACUGUGGCAGUCUCUACUGUUUUGGCAAAGACAAUUACUGUAGUACUGGCAUUCAAAAAUAUUGUUCCAGGAAGAAAGAUGAGAUGGCUGCUGGUGUCAGGGGCACCUAAAUUCAUUAUCCCCAUAUGUACCAUGAUCCAAAUGAUUCUCUGUGGAAUUUGGCUGGGAAUUUCUCCUCCAUUUGUUGAUGCUGAUGUAAACAUGGUUUAUGGCCACAUAAUCAUUGUUUGCAACAAAGGUUCAGUGAUUGCCUUCUACAGUGUCCUAGGAUACAUGGGCUCUCUUGCUCUAGCAAGUUUUAUUGUAGCUUUCCUGGCCAGGAAUCUGCCUGACACAUUCAAUGAAGCCAAGCUCCUGACAUUCAGCAUGCUGGUAUUUUGCAGUGUCUGGAUCACCUUCCUUCCUGCUUACCACAGCACUAAGGGCAAGGCUACAGUUGCUGUGGAGAUCUUCUGUAUCUUGGCCUCCAGUGCAGGGAUACUUCUAUGCAUAUUUUUGCCAAAGUGCUACAUUAUUUUGUUGAGACCAAAAAUAAAUUAUUUUCAUAAGUUUAGGAAAAUAUAUGUGAAAUCUAAAAAUAUCACCUGA